ACAUGACUCCUGUGAGGACCCAGCACUCCUUGGUGGGCCAAACUUAUUCAGUGCCUCUAAUCCAGCCAGACCUGCGGCGUGAAGAGGCUAUCCAGCAGGUGGCAGAUGCCCUGCAGUACCUGCAGAAAGUCUCUGGAGACAUCUUUAGUAGGAUCUCCCAGCGAGUCGAGGUGAGCCGAAGCCAACUGCAGGCCAUUGGUGAGAGGGUCUCAUUGGCCCAGGCCAAGAUUGAGAAGAUCAAGGGCAGCAAAAAGGCCAUCAAGGUGUUCUCCAGUGCCAAGUACCCAGCCCCAGAGCACCUGCGGGAGUACGGCUCCAUCUUCACUGGGGCCCAGGAUCCUGGCCUCCAGAAACGCCCUCGACACCGGAUCCAGAGCAAGCACCGGCCGCUGGAUGAGCGGGCCCUGCAGGAGAAGCUGAAGUAUUUUCCUGUGUGUGUGAAUACCAAGGCGGAGCCCGAGGAUGAGGCUGAGGAGGGGCUGGGAGGUCUUCCCAGUAACAUCAGCUCUGUCAGCUCCUUGUUGCUUUUCAACACCACUGAGAACCUGUACAAAAAGUAUGUCUUCCUGGACCCGCUGGCCGGUGCUGUUACGAAGACUCAUGUGAUGUUGGGGGAAGAGACAGAGGAGAAGCUGUUUGAUGCACCUUUGUCCAUCAGUAAGAGAGAGCAGCUGGAGCAGCAGGCUCCAGAGAACUAUUUCUAUGUGCCUGACCUGGGCCAAGUGCCAGAGAUAGAUGUGCCAUCCUACCUGCCUGACCUGCCUGGCAUUGCUGAUGACCUCAUGUAUAGUGCAGACCUGGGCCCUGGCAUUGCCCCCUCUGCCCCCGGCACCAUUCCAGAGCUGCCCACCUUCCACACCGAGGUGGCUGAGCCUUUCAAGCCAGACCUAGACGAUGGGGUGCUAGCAGCACCUCCACCCCCUCCACCUCCACCACCACCACCAGCCCCAGCUCCUGCAGUGCUGGUCAGUGCUCCCCCACCUCCACCCCCACCUCAGACUGUGGCCCCUCCAGGCCAAGGUGCCAGGGAUGAUGAUGGCAGCAGCAUGGCUCCUUCAGUCCAGGGAGCCCCCAAGGAAGUGGUUGACCCCUCCAGUGACCGAGCCACACUGCUAGAAUCCAUCCGCCAGGCUGGGGGCAUUGGCAAGGCCAAGCUCCGCAGUGUCAAGGAGCGUAAGCGGGAGAAGAAGAAGCAAAAGGAGCAGGAACAAGUGAGAGCCACAGGCCAAGGUGGGGACCUGAUGUCGGAUCUCUUCAACAAACUACUCAUGAGGCGCAAAGGUAUUUCAGGAAAAGGACCUGGGACAGGGGCCAGUGAGGGGCCAGGAGGAGCCUUUGCCAAGAUGUCAGACUCCAUCCCUCCUCUGCCACCCCCGCAGCAGCCACCCGGAGAGGAAGACGAGGAUGACUGGGAAUCCUAG